AUGGCCCGCGAAUCGCCCAAAACAACAACCACCCACCUCCCCCCCUUCACCCUCUCCUCCCCCCCAGGUACCGACAUCUGGCGCAAACCCCCAACCCACAACGCCUUCAACGCCUCCAUCCACCCAUCCACCCCCAACCCAAUCCCCCUCUCCACCUUUUCCCGCGCCAAAAUCUCCUUCACCUUGCCGCCCGCCCCGCAGCUGCGCCAGUACGACCAGGCGGGCCUGCUGCUGCAUCUUACCCAGCCGGGCUUGUCUGCAAAUCAGACAAAGUGGAUCAAAACCGGGAUCGAAUUUUAUUACGGGAAGCCGUAUGUGGCUACGGUUGGGUGUGAUGCCUGGGCGGAUUGGAGUCUAGUGCCCAUGGGGGAGUUUGGUAGUUUUUCCACUACUCCGACUGCGAGUACGAGUACGACUAUCCCCACGACCACACCAGACGAUCAACCCGGUGCCACUGUUGAAAUCCGCCGCGAACAAGACGAGCUGGGAAAGAGUCUCUGGAUCUACUGGCUUGUGAGGGAUGGCCAGGGCGCCGAGGUAGAGCGCCGCCCGUUGCGCGAGGUUACGUGGGUGUUGGAUGGUGAGGAGGAGUGGGAUGUGAGCGUGAGUGGGUAUGUGUGUAGGCCGACCAAGGCUGGGGGGGAGGGCGAGUUGGAGGCGGUGUUUGCGGAGGGGUUGGAGGUGGAGGCUUCGGGGGUUGGGGGCAAAGAGUAA